AUGCGUUGGUCAUCCUUCUAUCACACAGCAUCAAGGGUUUUUAAUGAGUAUCCCAGCUGGUCCAAGUCUGCUAUUGUAUGCACUGUUAUCAGUAGUGGAGGCCUAGUGGCAUAUGGUGAAGCGGUACAAAGUGAGAAUGUGAAAGAAGCCCCAAAAAAGAAAGUGGUGAUUCUUGGAACUGGUUGGGCAGGAACCAGUUUUCUUAAGAGCAUCAGAAGUUCAUCUUAUGAUAUCCAUGUUGUUUCACCUCGUAACUAUUUUGCAUUCACCCCUUUGUUGCCAAGUGUCACUUGUGGCACUGUCGAAGCACGCAGCAUUGUUGAACCCAUUCGCAACAUCUCAAGAAAGAGUGGUGUAAAUAUUGAAUUCAGUGAAGCUGAAUGCUAUAAGAUCGACCCGAAGAACAAGAAAGUUUACUGCCGUGCUGAUCCAGAGAAAAAGAUGGGUGGGAUUGAAGAUUUUUCCCUUGAUUAUGAUUACCUUGUAAUAGCCAUGGGAGCACGUUCUAAUACCUUCAACACACCUGGAGUUCAGGAACAUGCUUACUUCUUGAAGGAAGUGGAUGAUGCUCUAAGAAUCCGGCAAAAGGUGGUUGAUCUUUUUGAGAAAGCAAGCAUUCCAUCCAUAUCUGAUGAAGAGAAGAAGAAGCUUCUGAGUUUUGUGAUUGUUGGAGGAGGCCCAACUGGGGUAGAGUUUGCUGCAGAACUUCAUGACUUUGUUCAUGAGGAUCUUUCUAAACUCUAUCCUUCUCUACAACGUUAUGUCAAUAUCACUUUGCUGGAGGCCGGAGAUCAUAUCUUAAACAUGUUUGACAAGAGAAUCACAGAAUUUGCUGAAACAAAGUUCAAAAGGGAUGGCAUAGAUGUGAAGUUAGGAUCUAUGGUUAUCAAAGUAAGUGAGAGAGAAAUCUCGGCCAAAGACAGAGUAAGCGGUCAAGUUGCUUCCAUACCUCAUGGAAUGGUAGUUUGGUCCACCGGCGUCGGUCCUCGACCAGAAAUAAUUGAAUUUAUGAAACAAGUUGGCCAGAGUAAUAGACGUGCAUUAGCCACUGAUGAAUGGCUAAGGGUGGAGGGAUAUGACAACAUCUAUGCUUUAGGUGAUUGUGCUACUAUAAAUCAGAGGAAAGUUAUGGAAGAUAUAUCAUUGAUAUUCAGCAAGGCAGACAAGAAGAACAGCGGGAAGUUGGAUCUGAAAGAGUUUCAAGGCGUUGUGGACGACAUCAUAGAGAGGUACCCUCAGGUGGAGAUUUAUUUAAAGAAGAACCAAAUGAAAGAUAUUGCUACCUUGCUCAAGUUUUCUCAAGAGAGCUCAGUUACUGUUGACAUUGAAUCCUUCAAAUCUGCACUUUCCAAUGUUGAUACUCAAAUGAAAAAUCUCCCUCGAACUGCUCAGGUAGCUGCUCAACAAGGAGCGUAUCUUGCAGAUUGUUUCAACCGUAUGGAGAUAUGCGAGCGGUAUCCGGAAGGUCCUCUUAGAUUCAGGGGAACCGGACGCCAUCGCUUUCAUCCCUUCAGGUACAAGCAUUUUGGACAGUUCGCUCCUCUAGGAGGAGAACAAACUGCAGCUCAACUUCCGGGAGAUUGGAUUUCAAUUGGCCAUAGCACUCAAUGGUUGUGGUAUUCUAUAUAUGCUAGCAAACUAGUGAGUUGGAGAACAAGAGCAUUGGUGGUAUCUGAUUGGGGAAGAAGAUUCGUAUUUGGGAGGGACUCAAGUCGAAUCUGAGAUCAUCACAUAUUCACAUCUAAUCCAAACCAUGCAUGUAGAUUUAUUGGCACAACAGAGCAAUAGAAGGAACUCGAAAAAAAAACCAACACGGUGUUUGAUUAUUUUUCUCAUUCAGAAGUAGUUUCUUAUUAUAUAGUAUGUACUAGUACUUUG